AAAUAGAAAAACCAUGUCAUCCUGAUUUGCCAAAUUUUUGCUAUUUUAAUAUUUUUGAAAUAUUUACAAAUACUCCUAUCACCAUGAAAUGAAUAAUAUAAUCAAGUUACCAGUACAUAAUGGAGUAAUAAUUAAGUUUUUAAGAUACAGCACACAAAUAGACCAUAAAUUUCCGUUGAGCCUAGAUAUCUUAUCAAAGUUCCGUAACGACUUCUACUCGGACCCUAAGAAUGAACUUGCACAGAAUGUAUGCACGAGGUUUGAUCCGUUCGAGGUUGCAAUCAGCAGAAAGAAGACUGAAACCACCUUACAUGUCUAUAACAUCAAAAUCCAGGAUGUAAGCCAAGUGCGCAGUAACGUUAGACGGAGCGCUCGUCGUAAAAGGAGCCGGAGUGCUCGGAGGAGGCGGAGCCGGAGUGCUCGUCGUAAGAGGAGCCGGAGUGCUCGUAGGACCAAACGAGUGAAAGAGACGGAAGCUAAAGCAAUUGACUCUGAAGCCAAGCCGGUGACGAAUCAAGAGAACUCUGGCCGUUGCUGGCUGUUUGCUGCCCUCAAUGUGAUGCGUCUGCCCUUCAUGAAGAAGUAUGGCAUUGAGGAGUUUGAAUUCUCGCAGAGCUACCUGUUCUUCUGGGAUAAGAUCGAGCGCGCCCACUACUGGCUGAACAACAUCGUGGCCACCGCCAGGCAGGGAGAGCAACUCGAAGGUCGACUCGUGAACUUCCUCUUGAAGGACCCAAUCAACGAUGGCGGCCAGUGGGACAUGAUAGUGAACUUGGUGAACAAGUACGGCGUCAUCCCGAAGAAGUGCUUCGCCGAGUCGUUCAGCUCCCGUCGCAGUUUGCAUAUGAACGCUCUUAUCAAGACUAAGCUCCGCGAGUAUGCCAAGGAGCUGCGCGACAAGGUGGCAGCGAACGCAUCGGACGAGGACAUCCAGUGCACCAUACAGCAGCAGAUGGCGGUCAUCUACAACAUCGUCGCUACUUGCUUGGGUAAUACAUUGUUCUGUUUAUUUUUUAAUGUAAUAUGCACUGAGCUGCGCGACAAGGUGGCGGCGAACGCAUCGGACGAGGACAUCCAGUGCACCAUACAGCAGCAGAUGGCGGUCAUCUACAACAUCGUCGCUACUUGCUUGGGUACCCCACCAGAAAAGUUCAACUACGAGUACUACAACAAGGAGAAGGCGUACAACAGCUUCGGCAUGCUGACGCCGCAGGAGUUCUACGAGAAACAUGUCCGCCCACUCUUCGAUGUCAACAAUAAGGUAUGCCUAGUGUCGGACCCUCGACAGUCGAACCCGUUCGGGCAGCUGUACACGCUGCACUGCCUCGGCAACGUCGUCGGCGGCCGGCAGACCGCUUACAACAACCAGCCCAUCGAGACACUUAUGACUGCCGUGAAGGACAGCAUCGCUGGAGGAGAAGCAGUCUGGUUCGGCUGCGAGGUCUCCAAGAGAUUUGAACGGAAGAACGGAUUCGAAGAUUUGGAUGCUCAGGACUACCGCCUGGUAUUCAACACGGAGGUGCAGAUCGGCAUGAACAAGGCGGACCGGCUCAUGUACGGCGACUCCUGGAUGACACACGCCAUGGUCUUCACCGCCGUCGGCACUGAUGAGAAAGGCAACCCGCUGAAGUUCCGCGUGGAGAACUCGUACAGCGACAAGGAGUACGACAAGGGGUACUUGCUGCUCACCGCGCCCUGGUUCAGGGAGUUUGUCUUCGAGGUGGUUGUCGACAAGAAAUAUGUGCCGGACGAAGUGUUGCAAGUAUUUAAACAAGAGCCGAAAGUGUUGCCAGCCUGGGACCCAAUGGGUACGCUCGCUUGCCCCUUCUGUUCCAAAGAAUAGACCACUAACGGUGGCAGAAUACGUCCAACUAUAGGUAGAUGUGUCGACGAAACUGGCAACCCUUAUUGUCUUAAUAGGGAUGAUGAUAGGAUUUGAACUUUAAAAUCUAUUUAGUCCGUUAGUAAGGUCAUUAAAAAUAUUAGUCACGUAUUUUAUUUUAAUUUGUUGUAUAAAACAAUCCAUAGAUUAAUCGAAUCAAAGUUAAGGUGUGUGAGCUAGCUACAUCAUUCUUAAGUACAAAACGUACUAGUAGUAACGUCACGCGAUAUACUCGACAACGACAUCUAGAAUCUGUCAUAUAAUCUGUAUAAUAUAUAAACUCUAAAUAAAUCUAUACUAUAAUCAACUUAUCCUCAAAAAAUACGUGUCUAAUGUUUGUUUGUAAUCCACAAGACGGGCAUUUAAAAAAAUCUCGUCUUCCCUAUUGCAGGAUGAAAAGAAGCUAUUCUGGUUCACUGCGGGUCCAACUUGAAUGAAGUCCAUUCUGCCGCAAUUUAUUACCUUGGAAUAGAUUGCUUCUAAUGCUUAGUGUUUGAAAUAGUAUAACAAAUGCUUACUACCUAAGUUACUGAACAGUCGUAUUUUUUGAGGUUAUUAUAAGGGUUGCCAGUUUAUAUUCGAUUUGGUCUUACCUGUGGAUAUUACGUUUUUAGUUAAAUGCAGCUAACUUAAUCUAGACUAAUCCUGGAUCACUUUUGUCACACUUUCACACAAUUUAUUUCAUAUAUUCCUAAUUAUACCUUGCCCUCUAUUACGUAUAUGACUUGUAACUAGCAAUAAAAUAUUUCGAGGAAUAAAUGUUCCUAUAAUACAGAAACUAUUUCUAAUAUACGUAAUGUUCACAGUAUUGACUAUUUUUUACUAAAGAUACAUAUUAUCUGUAGUUUAGACAUUUUCUACGGAAGCAAUACAUGUUUUUAUAUCGCAGAGUGAAUUAAUCAUGCCUAUAUUAAUAUUAAUUCUCAAUUAAAACAUUAUUUUACCUUAGACCAAUGUAAUGAAUUAGCUGAAUUAUAAUCCAUCUCCAUUUUUUAACUACAAAUAGUAUAAUGUUGCCUUAACAAAAGUAACGUAAUUUAUAUAAAUAAUAGAUAAUAAAUGGUGCUUGUCUCAAAUAAUUUACACUUAGAAUGUAAAAGAAUCUCUAAUAUUUAGAUAAGAUCAUUCAAAAAGCCUAUUUUUUGCCAUAAAAAUUGACUGAUUUUAUUUAUAAAAGAGCACACAACUCUUUUCACUUAUGGCAAUACCAAUAGUGUAACUCAGUAUAGAUAAAAUAUAAUGUUAACAGAUAAAAAAUACAAAAUGGAGAUGGAAUUUAUUAAUAUUUAUAUAUUUACCAUUUUUUUUAUUACAAUUGUGUUCAGUAUGUUACCAAAACCAUGUUGCUAUUUUUAUGUAGACAGAAAUUUGAAUUUCUUUAUUUUUAUAUUGCCAUAUUGCAUUCUUAAACGGCUUUUUGUUAUGAAUUUACCAUCAACAAUUUAGUCGCGAACGGAAUAUCAUUAUUUCAUAAAUAAAUGUUUGAAAUGCA